ACUCGUGAACCCCCGGAAUAUUUGAUCAUUCCAAAUCAACCAUUUCAUUCAACACAUAUUGAACAUGGCGGAACAUAAAGAAAAGAAAAGAAAGCGCGGCGAGGAUGGAAGCCAACGACCAAAGAAAAAGGUAGCUGUUCAAACUCCUUCUCAAUCGCAAUCCAACUUCGUCAGAGUCUCCUCUGUCCAAACCGCGAAAACUUGUCCUCCAGUAAUAGCAACCUCACCUGGUCUCUGUCUUCAAGAUUCAAUGAAAUUCCAGGCGUACACGACACCCCAGUCCACAAGUUCCAAGCGAAGCAAGAAAUCCGAUUCUCGUACAUCUAGCCUACUACUACAUUCAUCUUCACAUGGCAAACUAGACUAUACGGCGAAGGAAGAAGGCCCCGGUGGUCGCGAAUCGCAUCUUAAACAUUACAUCGGUGUUUUCGACCCCCAAACCGGGAAGUUGGCCGUGGUAGAAGCUAAGAAGAUGGCUGUGCGGGGUGUGGUUCGAUCACAAAAGCCACCCGAAGAUGUCACAGAGAGAGAAGCCACGCAGACAAUGCUGGAACUUAGAAAUAAUCUUGGCGAGGCGUUUGGAACCAAGAAAGCCAAAAAGGCUCUUGCUGCAAUUACUGAGAACGCAAUUGCUCCAGAGAAGGCGAUCGCCGAUGCUGGAGGAGACCCUCAGAAGCUCAGUUCUGCCUCCAAAGCUCUGAUGGAAUCGAUUAACGAUGUUACCAUAGGAAUGGCAUCUAAAGAGGACCUCCAAGCCCAAGCCGAUUUAGCGAAACCGAUCCCCCCAGGAAAUUACGAUGCCGAGGAAAUCCAAGAUGUGUACACACCCGAAGGAUUAAUUGGUGGCGAUAUAUUAAACGCCAUUCCAGUCAGAGACUGGCAAGAGCAGCUUAAGAAGGGUCUAAACAAGACAAUGACAAGUUCAUUCGUUGCGAGCAGGCUCGUUCCCGUUGGAGAAGGCCCAAAUCCAGUGCACAGACUGCGAGCUCUUCGAUAUCUAGACUUGCUUCUCAAGUUUGUCAAGAAUGCUAAGCCUGGGAAAGAAAGAGGUACAAAGCGAAUCCCGCCAAGAGACAAAUUAAGAGAACUCUUGAACCCGGCACCCGAGCCCGUCGUCGAGAGUAUUAGACGAAAGUUUUCGUCUAACGGAGAGAUGAGGAAAUUCCAUACCGACUUGGUAUAUACUUACUGCUGUGCCCUCGCAUCGAUCUUGUCGAAUUACAGUUUCGAUACAAGCCGCAUCAGGUUUGAUCUCGGCCUCGAUGAGAAGCAAUUCGGCCAGUAUUUCCGGGAGAUAGGUGGUAAGGUCAAAAUCGAAAAGGGCGCUGAGAAAGGAACCCACGUGCAAGUGGCAAGUUUGGCUCUGCCGCUAGUGUUUCCGAAGGUCAGAUAUCAGCGGCCGCGCGGGCGUUAAUUGAAUGAGGAGACGAGGAAGAUGAUUACGGCGCCAUCGGACAUGAGGCUUAUCGGAACAAAAAUAUGUCUAUUGCUGCUGUGUAUUUUGGGCUGCCACUGAACCUAGACAUAGGUACUUGCAAGGAACGUGGUUAGGUAUUAACAUCUUAGCAUUUGCGUCACAUUUAUCAUACGAAAAGCAAUUAUCGGCGGAAUGCUCUUUUACGGCUACUAUCCGACAUCUCUAUUAUCGCCGCGUCGGUCUGGCCAGAUACCCAUAAGUUUAAUCGACUUAGAAUCCAGACUUCUCGUCAUAUACAUAGUUAGUGAUCGGAUUAAGUAUGACCUUAUAGGUGUGGCAGGGGGACUACUUGCUCUUGGCGAUUGCGUCUUCAUUUUAAUACAGUCCACUAAACUUUAGACCAAAAGAAUUACGAGGUUAGCUAGGUGUCGGUUGAGUUCUUGGUUCUUCACCUAGCUUCAAUUAGCCUGGGGGAAGGGAAUAGAUAAAGCGUAUGUCUAUGUUCUGUCAAACCCCACGAUAUCUAUCUAUAGAUAGGUAGUUUAUGUAAUAGAU